AUGGCACCAUCACAGAACAGCAAGCGGCGCUCCUGCGAUACCGCGAAGGCGGCCCCGAAAUGCCGCCGCCCUGGCAACAACACGCCGUCGCCCAUGGCGCGUGUGAACGUGGCCGUGAGGGUGCGUCCACUAAACGAGCGCGAGUCAGAGACGUCCAGCAUCAUCUAUGUGGGUGACGACAGGGAUGCAACCAGAACUGGCAAGACGUUCACAAUGCUGGGCUCCGAGGAUUGUCAUGGAGUGGUAUCCCUGACGGCAAGCGAGCUCUACCGGCGCGUAGACAAGCUUCGCACCGAGGGCCUGUCAUGCGACGUGGCGGUCGCCUACAUGAAAGUCUACAAGGAGGUCGUACGCGACCUCCUGUGCCCCAAAGGACGGUGGUUGGUCGUGCGCGACGACUCAGCCAAGGGCAUCGCCAUCUCCAACCAUUCUAUACACAAGGUGAAGGAGUAUGGCGCACUGUUCGAGUUCCUCCUGAAAGGCAACAGGAACUGGACACAGCACACCGCCCAAGCCAACUCGGAGUCGUCAUGGUCUCAUGCGUUAUUUCAUGUUUACGUCACUCAGGGAGACAGCGUGACCAGCACGAGCAAGGGAAUUCGAUUCUUCAAGAUACGCGAGGGCACCAAAAUCCACCUCUCGCUUCUGGCCCUGGGCAACUGCAUUGAUGCCAUCUCCAAGGCUGGGGCUCUUUGGGUUCCGCACCGGGAUUCUAAGCUGACCCAAAUCCUGAAAGACUCUCUUAGUGGCACGUGUCACACGCUCUUGAUUGCGGCCGUGUCACCGUCAAAGCUCAGCUACACCGACACUCACAACACUCUCAAGUGUGGCAAGCGCGCCAUAAACAUCGAGCUGCAGACCAAGAAAAAAGUUCUCAACGUUAACGCACACACGCCGUUGGUCGAGGCGAACGAGCCCAGCGACGUUAGCAACACGGCCUACUGCCUCGACGCGGCGAGAAAGAUCUAUGCAGGGCAAGCGAAGAUCAUUAGGCAGAUCUGGGAAAACGAGAACAUCAUUCGCGCCAGCGCGGCGAAGGAUAACUGGAAGCAGGAGAUGGCGAAGACUGUCAAGUUACUCCAGGGCUCCAGUGAAGACAACUUGUACGAGUCCGAGCAUCUUCAUCACUUUUUGCAGUCUCAAGCAGCCAAACAUCAGACUGCAAAAGUAAAGUUAGAGGCUCUUGACAACAAACGAAGGCGAAACUUCGAGUGCAGCAAAGACCUCCUGAAUGAGGAAUCCGCGGCUGGUUGCUUGCAGGCUGUGGUAGCGGAAAUAGUCAAACUAGAGCUGGUCGUCGAGCGAACGGAAAUGCAGGGUCAGCGACAGAUGUUCGCCUAG